CUCAGGCGAGAUCCAGCCACAGCAGCAGCAGGGAGUGUAGUGUCUCCACGCUCAGUGCGUGUCCAGACCGUCCUCCCCAGCAUGUUUGACGCGGGAGUGGGGAUCAUGCAGAGCUGGUUCUGUGCCUGCUUUGACAGCUCCUGGGUGUUGUACACCUCCGUCCUUCUGGUCCUGGUCAUCUGGGUGGCCAUGGCGACGCAGCACAGCUUCUCCUGGAGAAGCAGGAUGGCUCUUCUGGUCAGCAGGCUCCGGUGGAGGGGGACGGAGGACGAGGGAGAAGGCUGUGCGACAUCUGAGGUGGGAUGGAGCAGCCUCAGCACACCAUGCCACUUGCCAAUUCCUCUUUCUAUCAGCCUUCCACCUUCCUCCUGACGGGCUUUCCGGGGCUGGAAGCCAAUCACCACUGGAUCUCCAUCCCUUUCUGCGUGUUCUAUCUCGUCGGCCUUUCAGGGAACUGCCUGAUCCUGAUCAUCAUCAAGAAGACCCAAAGUCUUCAUAAGCCUACGUACUACUUCCUUUCCAUGCUGGCCUUGACGGACCUGGGCUUGGCUUUGUGCACCCUUCCUACCACGCUGGGCAUCUUUUGGUUUAAGAUCAGAAAAAUUGAGUUCAAUUCCUGUCUCACCCAGAUGUAUUUUAUCCAUAUACUGUCAGUGAUGGAAUCCUCGGUGCUCCUGGCCAUGGCCUUCGAUCGUUUCAUCGCUAUCUCCAACCCUCUGAGAUAUUCGUCCAUCUUGACCGAGUCAACCAUCAUCAAAAUAGGGCUGGCGAUUGUUUCAAGAGCUGUGAUCUCCCUCUUCCCAAUACCCUUUCUGCUCAAGAGGUUAACCUACUGUGGGAACAAUGUGCUUUCCCACUCAUUUUGCUUUCACUCUGAUAUCAUGAAGCUGGCCUGCGCGGAUAUAAAAGUCAACAUCCUGUAUGGUUUAAUUGUCAUUCUUUCAACGGUGGGUGUGGAUUUUGUGUUCAUUGUGCUAUCAUAUGUUCUGAUCAUUAAGACUGUGGUCAGCCUCACGACCAAGGAAAAAUGUCUCAAGGCUUUGAACACGUGUGUCUCCCAUAUCUGUGCCGUCCUAAUCUUCUUCAUCCCAAUGAUUGGACUGUCCAUUCUCCAUCGCUGUGGUAACAAUGUUCCCCUUAUGCUUAACAUUAUGAUGGCCUAUAUCUACCUUAUUGUGCCCCCUGUCUUAAAUCCUAUCAUAUACAGCGUCAAAUCCAAACUGAUCCGCAAAGCCAUGCUCAGAACACUGUGGUGGAAAAAUGAGUCAAUGUGACAGACUUUCACCAUCAGGUUUCCUGGAAAAUUCAAGUGACUUGUUUCAUCAGGUUAAAUCAAAGGGGGCCCUGUGCUUGGCCAGAAGACGAAAACUUCAAUUCCCCUUGGAAGUUGUAUCCCAGCUCAAUGUUGUGUUCUUCCAUUUCCUCCUAGAAUCGCCCCCACUCCCCUGCCAACCUAAGGCCCUGAUUGCCAGGGUCUGCAAGAAGGGUGGGCUCCACCCAUGAGGACGCCAUUGCAAGAUUUGGGCCCAAAUUAAUUAUUUUUAAAAGUGACGUGGGGCGGUGGAACGGGGAGCCACUAAAAUGCAGACCCUGAAAAAGCUAGUAACCUAAUCAAUCUGUGUAAGCCCUACUUGACUAAAGUCCUCUCGUCCUGCCUCAGGCCAUGUCCUGGCUAUCAUAGACUCAGGGUCCCUACCCAUACGCAAACUACGCAGCUGCGUUGGGCACCAGGACAUUUGGGGCAACAAAUUGCCCCAAAUGUCCUGGUGCCUGAUGCAGCUGCGAACUGCUUCCAGCCCAAUCCCCCAGACGGCUGAGCGGGCCCCUCGUGGGCUGCUCACAGCAGGGUCCAGAGAAGCUGCCUCCGCCUCUGCCCCACCCCUUCCUCUCAGCCCCUGCCCCUGCUCUGCCCCUGCCCCACGUCUUCCCACCCCAGCCCUGCCCCCACUCUGUCCCCUCCUCC